UCGUUCCACUCCUUCUCCCAUAGAUACCCUUCCCUCUUUCAAUUCAACCUCCUAUUCAGCCUUCUGGCAAGGCUCCUCUUCUCUACACUUCUCUAUUCCCCAUCACUCACCCACCCCAUAAAAAAACAAAAGAAAAAAGAUACACCAUGGACCGCAGCCUCUCCACCGAAUCCACCAUAACCACCACCAUAACCUCAACCGCCUCCAUCGAAGAAGAAUCCAAAUUCCUCACCCGCACCCAACACCUCCGACACACGCGCCUAGCCCUCGCCAUCCUCACCUUCCUAACCACCAUCCCAACAAUCGCCUGCGAAGCCAUCGCCCUCCACCACUACCGCCAAACCUCCCCAUACGCACGAGUCUGGCUCAACCUCUGGCCUCUGAACUUAGAUCUCAGACCCACCAUCGCCCUACUCGCCUGCGGCUGCGUGAUAGCAUUCCAGAACUUGCUUUACAUCGUUACAGCCGUUGUUCCCUCCCCCCGCCCCCACAUCCGCCUCCUCAACCUCCUCGCCGCAGCAACCGCCCUAUCGGGCUUCAUCGCCGCGCUCGUGGGCCUCAUAUUCGUGAUAUACCAGCCCGGAGCGAAGCAUCCGAGCGGGUUCAGUGAGAUGGAGACGCUGCAUUCGUGGACGUGUAAGUGGGGGGUUGUGAGGGAUGGAUAUGAUUCUGUGAGUAGUAGUGGGAAUAGCACUAUUAGUGCUAGAGCUAGCGGUAGUUAUAAUGUCACGGCGGGGGAUGUUACAGCGCCGGUGCAUUUCAAGCGCGAUUGUGAUGUCACAAGCGCUGGGUUUGUCUUGCUUUGUGUGUUGCUGGGGUUGGAGGUUGUUAUGGGGGUGGUGGUUGGCGUAGGGGUUUGGGUUGAGAGGAAGGUUGGGGGGUUGAGGGGGAGGAUUGGUGGGGGGUUGGAGGGUAUUGCGGGUGGAAUGGGGGCAGGAGGGAUGAAGGGAGAGAGUAAGGUUUCUGUGGGGGGUGUGGAGAAGUAUCCUGGGACUUGA